AAUAUCGUUAAUUCGAUUUCAGACAUGGCAAUCUCGUACGAUACGAAGACCUCCAUUGGCAUUGUUGUGCUUUCAGCGAAGACUGAUGAAGACUGAAGACUGAAGGGCUUCACCUUUCCCGGCAAUUUCUACAUCUGGCUUUUUUUUUUCUUCUAGGGCUUGGUUCAAAAUUUCUCUCGAAUUUUCCCGGGAAAAUGGACGGAGAUUUGGAAAUCUCUCUGGACAAGCUUCCAAUCAAGCGCUUAGAAUCCAUUGAAGAAAACGGACUCGAACGAUUCUCUUCUGAUGUAGGUUAUGACGAGAAGCGAUUGAACCUAAUUCGACGAAUAGACUUCGCGUGGGCAGUGGAGAGAGAAGACCCCAACAAGAAGCAGAAGAAGACUUCGUCUUCGUCUUCGUCUUCGUCUUCGUCUUCUUCGAAAGAGGCCGCAACAACGACAUGGCCAUGGCAGAGCAUGGUCGAGAAUUUGCAGUUGGCUCAUCAAGAGCUGUCUGUCAUCAUCGAUCUCAUCAAUACCGUGGAAGCUAAUGAUGCAGUUACAGUGGCUGGCAUGACCAGGCCGAAGCAGUUACCUAAUGAACUAGUGUCUGACCUUGCUGUAUCUACAGCAACAAAGCUGCAAUGCUUCCGGCAUCUUGGGAAAUAUUUCAAGCAAUCUGCCAAAGCAUUGGAAAGGCAGGUUGCUAGGGAAGCAAGAUUCUAUGGUGCUCUCAUCAGAUUGCAGCAAAACUGGAAAGUUAAACGGCAGCGUGUGGUCGCUUUUGCUCCUGGCAACGAAGGCUUCUACAUUGAUCUAUUUGACAAUACAUUACAUGAUUCAGUGGUCGUAUCUCGUCCAUCUUCUAUAUCAACAGUGCGAGUUGAGCAUGACCCAGCUGGUAUGCUAGCUGUGAACAUACCUCCAAAUUCGUGCCGCUCACUUGAAUUUUCAUUUCUUGGUUCGCAUUUGGGUAAUAAUCCAAGACAAUCUAGUAAAACGAAAAACCGUUGCUCCUCUGAGGAUCUAUCCAAAGAAACUAAGAAAGAACCUGUGAGUGAUGAUGAGUGUGUUAAAGAAACACAUUCAAUUCUCCGUGAAGUUCAUCAUGCAAUCUUUGAUGAGCAGGUUUUUGAUUUGGUGAAUCGCGAAGCAUUAAACCCAUCUUUAGGUGUGAAUGUGACUGGAAUACGAGAAAGCUAUUUGCAACUGAGCAUAGGUCAAGGAGCUUCUGUCUUCAUUUCACUUGUGCCAUCUGGGCAAGAUAAUCAAACAGUUGAUAGUGCAGAGACUCAAAAUUUGGACACUGCCAUUGUACCUUUUGAAACAUAUGAUGGAUCACGGUUAGGUGAAGGGAAAAAUGAUGCCCAAAAAAAGAAGCCCAGGUUUCCUAAUCGAAUGAGUUGUGAAAUUUAUUUGGCACAAAUUUUUCAUGAACAUGUACUUCUAAGAGCGAAAGAUGGAUCUAUUUCUGCUGGUAGAACUCACUUAUCUAAUCAGCAACCAUCAAAGGAUGGGUUAAAUCUUCUGGGUCAUUUCUGCAUGUCUCUGGCUCACAGGAUCUUUUCGAACAAAGUUCUCGCUGAGCUGGAAAAUCUGGUUGCUGGGGUCCCGUAUGUCCAACUUAUCUCUCAUCCUACUUGGCAUUCUCGAACAUCUUCGUGGACAAUCUCCAUGAAUGUUCCUCAGUCCAUUCUUCAUGCUGGAUGCCAAUCCCAAAACUCGGGCAUUAAACAUAUUAAGGAUGUGAAGUCACAGUUUCGAACCAAGGUGGUGGUGAAUGAUGAUUUCAUUAAUGUAGAAGGGGAAGGUGCUCCCAAUGUUGUUGCCCUCUUCAAAAGUUCUGAGGGCAUCUGCUCUAUGAACCGAUAUGACUGUGACUUGGCAGAUCUUCCUGUGAUACUUCUUCAGCAGAUUGCAAGCCAAGUUAUUCGUUGGCUUCACGAGGAAGCUCUUAUGGUUGGAAUCAAAGUGAAUCGGGACUAUCUAUGUUUGUCCUUCGAGCUUGAGCAAGGGGAAACACUUGGCCUCGUGGCACAUGUUGAUCCAGAAGAUACCCAAGGAUGCAUCUCCUGGUGGUUGGUGAUGGAGGAUGGAUUCACCGAGGAACGCAAGCUUCAUGCAGAUGUUUCUGAUGGUGGAUCGGACACGAGGAAAUUCCUGGGUUAUUUAUCAUUGGAUUUGUUGUAUUCAACAUUGAUGGACUUGGUUAGCCUCUCCAAUAGUGGUGGAAACCCCUGAUUUUGCAUCAUACUUUUCUUGUAGUUGUCUAUGGGAAAGGUUGCUGAUGGUGAUUUUGCAAUUACAUCUCUUUGAAAUCCUAGUUGUAAAAUGCUUUCGGUUUCGUUUUCAUAAUUUGUUUUCCUAAACACACAAUAAACUAAUUUGGUUUAGUUUUCAGAAAAUAGAUUUUGAAAAUGAAACCAAA